GUCAUAAAUUUAUCAUCAACAACCACAAUGAGAAAAAAAAAAAAAACCUGCCCCUGACUUCUGGCACGGGCACAGCACUCGCACAGUUAUCACGAACAGGGGUAAGUUACAGUACUGUACAGUGCGUACUCGAGUAGAGUAUUUGGCGAUAGAAAAGUGAAUUCGUCAAGGUGGGGUAAAUUUAACUAAGAAAAUACUUGUUACCGAUUCCUGUUAUCCAUCCCCCCCUGUUUUCCUCGUGCCCCAGUUGAAGACUGCAAUUCCUCGGAAAACGUGAUUUUCUGCUUCUCACUGAUGCCAUUUCAAAUGAGUUGCAACCGAACAGGCCCUUAAGUUAGGCUAAAACUGAGGCGGCUCCUUUGCUUCAGUUUCGCUUCUCUUCCGCCCGAUCUUGCAUGAUCUCUGGGGGGAUUGGAUUGUUGGCUCUGAUCUGUUACCCGGCUCCGAACUGCGUGCAUGCCUUUUGGGGAAAAGAACGAGAAAAAAGGAAAUCGCAAGUCUAAUGCCAUCGUCUUCGCCGCCAAACCUCACGAUGGCUUCAGUAUACAAGUCCGUAUCGAAAACCGGCGCGAAACCCCCCUCACCCGAUGAACCGGACAAGAAAAACAAGCAAAGAGUCCUAGUCUUGACCUCCCGCGGCGUCACAUACCGGUUUGUCCCUCUUCCACCAUUCGCAAGGAUCCUGUUCGCGGUGUCUGAUAAAAGUGCGAUCUAGUCACCGACACCUGCUCAAUGACCUAGUAGCUAUGCUCCCACACAGUCGCAAGGACGCAAAAUUGGAUACCAAAUCGAAACUCUACCACCUGAACGAGAUUGCGGACCUCUACAAUUGCAAUAACAUUCUCUUCUUCGAAGCGCGAAAGCGUCAAGAUCUCUACGUAUGGUUGAGUAAAGCGCCCAAUGGGCCGUGCGUCAAGAUGCAUCUUCAAAACUGUUUGUCCCCUCCUACCCGCUUCUCUUGCGCUUUGCACGUGGACUCAAUCGGACUAAUGGCGGGUUGGAAAAAAAACAAAAGUGCACACGAUGGAAGAACUCCAUUUCACCGGCAACGCCCUCAAAGGCUCCCGCCCACUUCUCAGCUUCGACGCAAGGUUCGACGCGACCCCCGCCAUGCAACUGAUAAAAGAGAUGCUUCACCACACCUUCGGGGUUCCUAAGGGCGCACGCAAGAGCAAGCCGUUCACAGACCACGUGAUUAGUUUCACCAUCGCGGACGGGAAGAUCUGGUUCAGGAACUACCAGAUUUCCGAGGCGGAAGUGGCCAAGAGCGUCGAUCCCGAUGCCCCAAAGAGUAAGGCUGUUGAGACGGAGCUCUCACUGGUGGAGAUUGGCCCAAGAUUCGUUAUGACGCCGAUUGUUAUCCUUGAAGGGUCGUUCGGUGGGCCAGUUAUCUACGAAAACAAGGAGUUUGUGUCGCCCAAUGCUCUCAGGGCGGAAAUUAGGAAUCGGAAGGCGCAGAAGUAUCAUGCCAGGACGCAGGAGAAGACGAAGAGGGAAGUUAAAAUGAAGGCAUUGGGGAUCGAGGAGGGUAGGGAGAAGGGGGAGCUUGAUGACGAUGUAUUAUUUACAUAGGUAGAGAGAAGCAAAUUUGUGUAUUAUAGGUAAUUUGGCAAAUACUGCAAUGAUGGAAAGAGUAUCCCUCUUU